GUCUUUGGGAGCUCCCAGCCAGCCCUCUCACGUUCACACUGGUACUACUGUGUAGUCUCACAUAAACACAAUGCUCAGCUGGCUGGAGCACGGACAAGACCCAUAACUCCGUGUCAAAUUCAGCACUCUUUCUUAUUAUGCUGCCUUUUACUUCUUGAAUGUAUAUGAACCGCCACAGCCAAACAAUGAGAGGCACCGCCAAGAGAAAGUUUGCAGAGGUAGAUGAAGAUCCAUGCUACUCCUCAUCCUCCUCCUCCUCGCCCCCAUCCUCUCUCUCCUCCCCUGCCUCCUCAGAGUGGGAGUCCGACGGGGAGACCAGCUCAUGUGGAAACCGAGAUUUCACACCUCACAGUCCUUCUACGCCCAACAGUUUGCCUAUUCGGUCCAUCCUGAAGAGGUCAAAGCUUGAGAAGAGACAGAGCAAUGUGCGUUUUGACCAGGUGACAGUGUUCAGUUUCCAGCGCUGCCAGGGCUUCAUCAGUGUGCCCAGCCGAGGAGGUGCCACCCUAGGCAUGGUACGGAGGCACAGCGCUCUCCAAAGGUACACCGUGGCGGAGCAUGCACUGGAACAACGACACAGGCGCAGAGAGAGGCUCAGAAAAAGGCUGAGAGCAGAGAGGCUCGAGGCAUUGAAACAUAAACUGAUCACCAGUGGGGCCAUCGGCCAGCGGGAUGCAGAUAGGCUCACCGUGGAUCAAGUCCCAGAUGACGACACUGACGUUCACAUUAGUGACACCGAACCGGAGGACGGAGGUUUUGUUCAGCCGUACUCUUCCAAACAGAGGCAAGCCCUCCUCCAGUCAGCUGGAGUGAAGUCAAUUGACCGGGAGGAGAAGAGGCAGCUUCAUGCCCUGCGGCUCUCCAGAGAGGCCUGUGGAUGUGACUGCCAGGGCUUCUGUGAGCCGGAGACGUGCGCAUGCAGUCUGGCAGGCAUAAAGUGCCAGGUGGACCGCUUAAACUUCCCAUGUGGCUGCACUAAAGACAACUGUGGAAACACUCAGGGACGAAUCGAAUUCGACUCCAGACGUGUGCGGACCCAUUAUAUUCACACUGUCAUGAGACUCGGACUGGAAAGGAGACUGCAAGAUGAAACGCUAACACCAGAGGACCAAACAGAAUUUCCAGAGGAGCUUCAAGAGUUUGAGGACCGAGACGAGGUCAUCCCGGAGCAGAGUGGGCAGGACAAGAGCUGUCCAUUUGGGUUUACCUUGGAGGAAUACGACCUUCCUCUCACCAUGCCUCCAACUCCUUCAUUCCAAUUCCCAGAGCGGUUGGUAGCGGAGGAGAACAGCUGCAGCAGUGACGCGACUGAGUCCUCUUGUUCCUCCUCUGACUGUGAUGCAGGAGGGUGUCUCAGCGAGAAUCAGAAUUGUCCUGUAGUCAAUGGAGGGUUGACUUGUGCUCUUAGUCUCAGUGACUCUGAAAAUAAUAACUUCUCUGUGUGCAGUCAACUGAGGCACGUAGGAGAACCAGUGAGGCAGCACAAUGACAGCUCUGCCCCUCAUAGCACAACCACUGACAGAGUGGGACCAUGUCCAACGAAUGCAUUCAAAGACAAUAAAAGCAGGACAGAUUAUCUGGAUGACAAUGCAAAUCAAGCCAGGGACUUCUUUGACGACAGCUCUCUUGGAGGCUUCCCCAACACCCCAUCCCCUACUGUGGACUAUUCCUUAGGCAGAUACCUGGACCUGAGUCUCUCCUCUGACUCUGACCUGGAGUUCUUCGACAGCGACUACCCCUCUGGACCAGUGCACAGCUCUUUCAAAGGACACAGACACCCAGACAGUUUCAGUCACCUCCAGCUGUUUAGCUCUGUUAAUUUGCCACAGUACGAGUCGAGCACCCACCUCCUUGAGUCUCUGAUCGGCCUGACCUAACCGAGCGCAGAGCAGAUUUAUUCAAUGGAGUAUUAUAGGUGUUUUAAAGAAUCCUUGUGCUAUGAAGAAGGCCAGAGAGAUAGAAAAGUAAAGAGCACCGCUUUAAUGUAUUUGUAUGAAUAUUUAAAUGUAAAAAAAUAUAUUGAUAAAACAUGUUUUUCCUGCAGGUUAUUUUUUUUUCUAUUGCCUAUAAAUGAUUUGCCUUUAAGAGAAAUUACACUUAAGUAAUUAAUAUAUGUAUUUUUAUUUCUAAAACUUUUGUAACAAUCUUUGACAUUAUUUAAUUUCUUCUUUUUUUUUUUUUACUAUGGUCGCCAAACAUUGAUAAUGAUAGUGUUCAAAUUGUGAAAAGUUUUUAAUAAAUGCACUGUGCAUUAUCCUUGUUCAGAAUAUCUCUGUAUUAGAUUGAAAAAAUAAAAUAUUUUUUAUUUAUUUAA